UCGCCUUCAGUAGUUUCCUACCAGUGUGUAAAAAAGUAGCAAAAGUUGAUCCAAGAUUUUUGGUAUUUUCAAAAAUCACUUUCAAAAUGCCUGAAAAAAUGGUAAAAUCAGAACCAAAAAGAGAUGAGGUUGAAUUGGAAACUCAGUUUAUACUGCGAAUGCCGUUGGAGCCAGCAAAGAUUCUUCGAGAAGCCAUUCAGAGUGGAGCCAACAAUUUGAAGGACCGGCUUACGAUUCGCUUGGAUAAUGACUUACGCUACGGAGAGGUUCGUCUGGAUCAUUGGCUACUCCAUGCCAAAGUGGUGGAUUUACCGACGGUGGUCGAAACUUUAAAAACCAUCGACAACAAAAACUUCUACAAAACAGCCGAUCUCUGUCAAAUGAUGAUUUGCAAAGAAGAACCGGAUUUACCUUCAGCUGAGGAAGAAUCACCCAACAAAAACAAAAAGAAGGAUCCAAACAAGGUGGAUAAAAAGUUUUUGUGGCCACACGGCAUAACACCACCUUGUAAAAACGUCCGCAAACGUCGUUUUCGUAAAACUUUGAAGAAAAAGUACGUGGAAGCACCAGAAAUAGAAAAAGAGGUCAAACGACUUCUGAGGGUCGAUAACGAAGCGGUCAAUGUCAAAUGGGAUCUUAUCACUGAAGAAGAGGAUCCUAACAAAGGUUCGGAUUCCAAACACGAUUCGAAUGCCCCGAAUAGAAGCCCUUCAAAAGGUGGGAAAAAAGGUUCCUACAAUAAAGACGUUGGCGAACACGAUAUUUUCGGCGAAGAAGUUUCCGACUCGGAUGAAGAUGAGAAUCCCAUUAACAAAAAUAUUGACAUCGACGAAAGCAGCCGUUUAUCGGCCGAAGCGGAAGAUAGCCGAAUGUCCGAUUCGAGCUCCUAUCAGGGGACGCAAUCAUCCGAUCGAAAUGUCGCGGUUGAGUUUAGCAAGGGCAUGUUCAGUGGAAUCGGGGCUAGCGGAGGCUCUCGUGCAUCACGCAAAGGCGAUACACCGAUGGCCAACAAAUAUGGGGACAAUUCGCGCUUGGAUUCGGACAAUGAAUCCUCGGAAUUCAUGAUUGCUACUCGAGAUACCGCUCCCAGUCGACUUUACGAAGCACGUCGACAAUUAAAUGAGUUGAAGACACAAAAGAACCAGAAAGAGCAGGAAAUACGUACGAUGGAAAACCAAACAUUACGCCAACGACUGCAGGAUAAACUAGAUCAGCUAUUGAGUCAAAUAGUUGAAAAAGAAAUGGAGGUAAAUUGA